AUGGUUCGCCCUGGUCCACUGUCGUCUCAAUUCCUGGUGCCACCUUAUGGAAGCGGUUUUGGCCCUUCGCCUCAACAGUUGGCCGCUCGGCAGGUGGUGACCAAAGAGCUCCCGAUAUUCUCCGGGGAUCCGAUCGAUUGGCCGCUGUUUAUAAGCAGCUACCAACACUCAACAGAAACGUGCGGGUACAGCAACUCUGAGAAUCUUCUACGACUACAGCGCAGCCUGAGAGGUAGCGCUAAAGAAUCCGUCAGCAGCUUUCUUCUCCACCCGUCUACAGUUCUCCAGGUUAUGUCCACACUGCAGCAGUUGUACGGCCGUCCGGAACAGAUCGUGAACAACAUGAUCGCCAAGGUUCGAUCAACUCCUCCACCGAAACCCGACCGGCUGGAAACGCUGGUAAGCUUUGGACUGGUGGUCCAAAAUCUUUGUGGACAUCUGAAAGCAGUUGGAUUAGAACAACAUCUGGCGAAUCCGAUUCUUCUUCAAGAGCUGGUUGACAAGCUUCCGGCAACAGUGAAGUUCAGCUGGGCGCUCUACCAGGAGCAAGCUCCGGUCGUGGACCUAAACGUGUUCAGCGACUAUAUGGCGAGGAUAUCUUCAGCAGCGAGUGGUGUCACCCAGUUAGCUAGCGUGUCGCAAAAACCUGCGAAGAAGGAACGUAAUCGUCAGAAGGAGAAAUCGUUCGUCUACACACACGUUUCCACGGAACAGCCGAAAGCGACGCACCGGAAAGAUGCAGAGAAAAUGGGACCAGAUGGAGGUAAAUCUAGCAACAGCAGCAAUAGAUGGUGCGCCGUUUGCAACGUUGAUAAUCACCAAAUCGAAAGCUGUACAUCGUUCAAAGGCCUUGACUUGGAUGGGGAAGUGUGUGGAAUCAACGACUGCCCCAAGCGACAUCACCGUCUGCUCCAUUUCGAUCCACCAGCAGCGGCUAAGAUAAUCAAUGCGGUUGUAACUGUUCAUCGUCAACUGUCGUCGCCAACUCUCUUUCGUAUUCUCCCAGUCACGUUGUAUGGUAGUAAAGGGCAGCUCGACACCUACGCUUUUCUGGAUGAUGGGUCAUCGGUGACUCUUGUGGAACGGUGGAUAGCAGACGCACUUGGAGUCAGAGGAGAGACAGAAACGUUGCGUAUCGAAUGGACUGGUGGUAUCAACAAAACUAUUGCAGGAACGGAAGUCGUCACGAUGGAAAUAUCGGAAGCAAGUGGCCGGAAACGGCACAGAAUGUCCGAGGUGUACACAGUCGACAAUCUGGGCUUGCCAAGACAGACAACGGACUACGCUGAGCUUUCGGCACAAUUCGCGCAUCUCAGCAAGCUUCCGGUCAAGAGUUUCCGCUCUGCAGAGCCAGGAAUCCUGAUUGGACAGAGCAAUUCACACUUGCUGGCUACGCUGAAGCUACGAGAGGGAAAAUUGACAGAGCCGAUUGCAACGAAGACUAGAGUUGGAUGGACAGUGAGUGGUAGUCUGCGGAAGCCUCAAAUGCAUAAACAACUCCACAUGAAGACUGAAUCGACGGAUGAUGAGCUUCACGAGUACAUUCGCCACUUUUUCGACGUCGAGAGCUUGGGUGUAUCGGUGGUGCCAGCUGUAAAAGGGGCUGAAGAGCAACGUGCUUACGAGAUCCUGGAGGCGACAACGCAGCGGCUAAACGGCGAAAAGUACGAGACCGGACUGCUGUGGAAACAUGACUACGUUGAAUUCCCAGACAGCCGACCGAUGGCAGAGAGACGGUUCAAGUGCCUCGAGAAGCGCUUGCAACAGAAUCCAGUGCUGUACGACAGCGUUCGUAGGCAAAUAGAGGACUUCAAAGCAAAGGGCUACAUCCACCAAGCAUCGGCAGAGGAGUUAGAGCAAUUCGAUCUGCGACCAGCAAAGGUCGACGGCACGUCGUUAAAUUCCAUGUUACUCAAGGGACCGGAUCUUCUAACACCGCUAUUGUCCGUGAUGUUUCCGUACCGGGAGCGUCAAGUAGCAGUAUCCGCUGACAUCAGAGAGAUGUUCCUGCAAAUAUUGAUUCGUAAAGAGGACCGUAGUGCAUUACUGUUUCCAUACAGAGACUCCCCAGAGCUACCAAUCAGCACGAUGGUAUGCGAUGUCGCGAUAUUCGGAGCGGCUUGCUCUCCCGCGCACGCUCAGUAUAUUAAAAACAUAAAUGCGGCCGAACAAGAAGCGGAGUUUCCACGAGGAGCAGCGGCGGUGAAAAAACGGCACUACGUGGACGAUUACGUCGACAGUUUCGACACGGCGGAAGAAGCGGUGGAAGUGGCCAUGGAAGUGAUUGAAGUGCACAAGCGAGCGGGAUUCCAUAUCCGUAAUUGGAUGUCAAGUGACAACAGCGUACUCGAGAAGUUGGGUGAAGCUAAUCGGAAGUCGGCGAAAGCAAUGCUACCGGAGAAGGAGAUUGCAUUCGAACGUGUUCUUGGAAUGGCGUGGAAUCAAGAAGAAGAUGUCUUUACGUUCUCUCUGCAGUCUUGGGAGAAAGUGCGUAAACUACUGGAGGACACCAUGAUCCCGACCAAGAGAGAAAUGCUGCGGCUUGUCAUGAGCAUCUACAAUCCGUUGGGAUUGGUGGCUUCUUUCGUAAUACACGGGAAAAUUCUGAUUCAAGAUGUGUGGCGGACAGAAACCGAUUGGGACUGCAAGAUUCCGGCGGAAAUUGCUGAACGUUGGACGGAAUGGAUAGCGGUGCUGAAGCGGAUGGACGGACUGUGUGUCCCUCGAUGUUAUUUCCCGGGAUACGACCCAGGAAGCUAUAAGAAUGUAGAGCUACACGUAUUUGUGGACGCAAGCGCCCAAGCUUAUGCCGCCGUUGCGUACUUUCGUAUUAUGGAUCGAGGACAAUUCAGGGUAGCGCUUGUUUCGUCGAAAACGAUGGUUGCACCACUUCGAGGGCUAUCGAUACCGCGGAUGGAAUUGAUGGCAGCAUUGUUGGGAGCUCGCUUGCGGAGGACAGUAGAGGAAAACCAUUCGUUGGCGAUCCAGAAAACCUUCUUCAGGAGUGACUCAUCUACGGUAUGCUCCUGGAUCAAAUCAGACACGCGUAGGUAUCGACAAUUCGUUGCCUUCAGAGUAGACGAGAUAUUAAGCCUCUCAAGCGUCGACGAAUGGCGGUGGAUUUCUACGAAACUCAACGCGGCUGAUGAAGCUACUAAGUGGGGGAAAGGUCCUUCAAGUAGCGUAGAAAGCCGCUGGUUCCAAGGACCAGAGUUUCUCUACAUUAGUGAACCAGAAUUGUCGGAAGUUCCAGAAGGUGCAGAUGAAAGCGAUAAGGAGUUGCGGGAAGCUUACGUGUUCAGUCAUCUAGUGAGGCAACCGAUGGUACAUGUGGACAGAUUUUCACGGUACAAAAGAAUGCUGCGUGCAGUGGCAUACGUCCACCACUUCGUGGAUAAACUGCAUGCCCGGAGGGAUACUAGAACGACAGACACUAUCGGGCUCACAAGUGGGCAGAUUCAGAAAGCAGAAAGGACUUUGUGGAUGAUGGCGCAAUCUGAAUCAUUUCCGGACAAAGUAGCAAUCCUGAAGCGAAAUUUAGAACGAAGCAGUGAUCAGCAGAAGCAAGUAGGAGCGUCCAGUAGUCUUUUGAAGCAGUCGGCGUUUGCUGAUGAACAGGGAGUGCUGCGGGUAGGCAGCAGAGCCGCGGAAGCAGAGGUGCUAGCUUAUGAUGCCAAGUUUCCCAUUAUCCUACCUAGAAACCAUCAGAUUACGGCGCUACUGCUGGAUUUCUAUCACCGGAAGUAUGGUCAUGCUAACGACGAGACUAUCGUAAACGAAGUGCGCCAGAAAUUCUACGUGCCUCGGCUACGAGUUGAAGUGCGCCUAAGCAGGAAGCGUUGCAUGUGGUGUCGUGUCUACAAGACAACUCCGAUACCACCGAAGAUGGGACCCCUUCCAGCAGUACGAAUGCAGCCAGGAGUACGCCCAUUCACAGCGAUACAUCUGGAGGUGGUUGCAAGUCUGUCCACCGAUGCAUGUAAGAAGUCGUUCAGGAGGUUUAUUGCUCGACGAGGCUCCCCACAGGAGAUCUAUUCUGACAAUGGGACGAACUUUGUCGGGGCCAGCCGGGAACUACAAGAUGAAAUCAAGCGAAUCCACACCGAAUUGGGCAGUACUUUUACGAAUGCCCAAACCCAGUGGCGGUUCAAUCCCCCAGCUGCCCCUCACAUGGGCGGUUGUUGGGAAAGAAUGGUUCGUGCUGUGAAGUCAGCGCUGGGAUCCAUCCCGGAGGUAAGAAAACUGGAUGACGAGUCGUUCACUACUGUGCUGGCGGAGGCGGAAAGCAUGGUCAACUCCAGACCAUUAACAUUCAUCCCUCUGGAAACGGCGGAUCACGAAUCGUUGACUCCCAAUCACUUCCUGAUGUUGAGUUCAACUGGAGUACGAGAACCGGAAAAGUUUCCAACGGAUGCAGGAGCAGCUUUGCGGAAUAGUUGGAAUAUGGUCAAGCAUACUCUCGACAACUUUUGGCGCCGAUGGGUAAUAGAAUACUUGCCCACUAUAAUCCGUCGGACGAAGUGGUUCCGAGACGUAAAACCGAUCCAGGUAGGGGACCUGGUGCUCGUGGUCGACGAGAAUGUGAGAAACCGCUGGAUACGAGGACGAGUGAGCAGAACGAUUCCUGGGAAAGAUGGAGUAUCGCGUCGAGCAGAAGUGCAAACAUCAGGAGGAAUUCUGAAGCGACCUGCUACGAAGUUGGCUGUGCUGGACGUGGUUAGAUCUGGUGACGCCAAACCGGAAGCUGAGGCGACACGGGGGGAGGAUGUCCGCCGCAUCAGCCCACUGUCUAGAUGGUGA